AUGGAAGCGCAACAGACCGAAGACACGCUCAAAAAAGCUGCCGCCGCGUCUUCCGGUGCGCUGCUCACGUCGCUCUUCGUAACGCCCCUCGACGUGGCCAAAGUGCGCAUCCAGUCGCAGGUCUGGCGCUCCUCGAGCGCGCCCGUCGCCUUUCGCUCGGCCCUCGCGGCCGACGCUACGGCCGCUGUCCCGCCGUGUUGUCGCGCUCGCUGUGUCUGUAACCGCUGCAGCACGCGGCCCGUGGCGAAGCUGCAGGUCUCGAGGCGCCGCGGCCACGCGCUGUCGGCCAUGCGCAUGUCGUGCGCGCGUGCCGCGGCGCCGCGCCAACUCGAGAGCACGUCGCACGCGCUGCGGCACAUUUUCCAGACCGAAGGCCUGUCGGGAUUGUUUGCCGGGCUGUCGCCCGCGAUGCUCAUUGCAGUGCCGUCGACGGUGCUGUACUACGUCUCGUACGACCUGUUGUUGCUGGAAGGCCGGGCACAGGUCCCGCAGCUCGACGCCAUUGUGCCGUUGAUGGCCGGGACCAGCGCUCGGCUCCUUGCUGCGUCCAUGACGUCGCCCAUUGAGCUGAUCCGCAUGCGGAUGCAGGGGCCGAACGCUGGCGCCGGUGUGGUUGCAACGUUCCAGCAAGCGGUGCGGCGUGGAGGGUACAGGUCGCUCUUGAAUGGAUUAGGCGCGACGUUGGCGCGCGACGUGCCGUUCUCGGCCAUCUACUGGACGUCGUACGAGCGGCUUCAGCAGACACUUCAGUCGACCGAGCACGAGGUCUCGCGGACGCAGCGGGCGUUUGUCUGCGGAGCACUGUCUGGUGCGAUCGCUGCGACGGUCACCACUCCGUUCGACGUGGUCAAGACGCUGCAGCAAGUGCAUUCGACGAGACAGGGCUCGCAGCCGUCUGGGACACUGGUGCUGCGACAAGUGGUGGCCAACAAGGGCGUGGGUGGCGCGUUUACGGGACUUGGGGCACGGCUCGCACGGGUCGCACCGUCGUGUGCGAUCAUGAUUUCUUGCUACGAGCUUGGAAAGGAGAAGCUAGGGCUUGCAUGA